AAGAUACUUUAAAGUAAUGAGCUAUUAUUAAUAUGAUAAUUUAUUUACCCAUUUGUUUUAGAUGUCGAGAAUACCGAAACUACCAAUUAGUAACACAAAAGAGAAUCGACCUGGUUUAUUGAACAGACCAAUCUCAAGAACUAUUGCUAACAGCUUAAGUGAUGCAGAUAAAAAAAACUUGUUAUUGAAUCAUACAAGACCAUUGCGCAAUGGACCCACAACAUCAGCACCUGCUCCAAGGCUGAAAAGAGCAGCAACUGUACCUACUACAACAAUACCAGCUGCAAAAGUGACUAAGAUUGAAAAAAAAGUAACAGUUGCCCCCAAAAUACCUCCAUAUGACUAUAAAGCCAGAUUCAAUGACUUGUUAGAAAAACAUAAAGUUAUUAAAGGGGAGUUCAAUGAUUUGAAAGAUAAACAUGUUGAAGUAUCUGAUGAAUAUGAAAAAGUCAAGGAGACUGCUCAAUCAUCAGCAAAUGAAAGGGACAUUUUAAAAGAAAAAUUAUUAAAUACUCUUAAUGACUUAAGGGAAAAAACUGCAGAAUUUGAAAGAAUGAAAAUUGAUUAUGAAAUUCAAAAACAUGAGAAUGAAGACUUGCAUCGCAAGACAAAAUUACUUGAGGAAGUAACAAGUAGCCUUAAGAAAAAGACUGCAGAGUUAGAUCAGCUGCAGGCUGAUUUUAAUGACCUCACAAGACGACACACUAGUCUCAAAGAGGAGACAGAAGCGUUAAGAGUUCUGUCUGACCAUCUGAAAAAAGUAUCUAUUGAAUUUGAUAAAUUACAACUUGAUUACAAGGAAUCACAAGAGACAAUCACGAAAUAUAAAACUGAUGCUGAAGCCUUGCAGAAUAUUUUAGCAUCUAUGUACAAAGAGCAACGCGACUUGAGAAAUACGAUACAGGAUCUUAAAGGAAAUAUCAGGGUCUACUGUAGAGUAAGACCACCUCUAGAUAGUGAGGCUUCGAAACCAUUGUUUAAUUUAAAUGUCAUUGACGCCUGCUCUAUAGAAGUUGAAAAAAUUGAAUUAAACUUCAGUUCGGCUAGGAAAGGUAAAUCUCAACAUGCAUUUAGUUUUGAUGGCAUAUUCACACCUCAUGCAUCUCAGGAAGAUGUCUUUGCAGAGGUUUCACCUAUGGUUCAGUCAGCGUUAGACGGUUAUAACGUCUGUAUAUUUGCAUAUGGUCAGACAGGCUCUGGGAAAACUUAUACUAUGGAAGGUGGAUGUGGUACAGAACAGUAUGGUAUUAUUCCACGGGCAUUCAACAUGAUUUUCACUUGCAUGGAAGACCUUAAGAGAAUGGGCUGGGAGCUUACUAUCAAAGCUUCCUUCUUGGAAAUCUAUAAUGAAGUGAUUUAUGACUUGCUUAAUUCAAGUAAAGAUCAGGUUUCACAUGAAAUAAAAAUGGUUAAUUCAAAAGGAACUGACAUUUAUGUGUCUAAUUUAAAAGAAGAGGAAGUUAAGAGUUCACAUGAUUUUAUCAGGUUAAUGAUAUUCGCCCAACGUAACAGACAAACCGCUGCAACACUUAACAAUGAACGGAGUUCUCGUUCACAUUCUGUUGCACAAAUUAAGAUUUCUGCAAUAAAUGAAAAACGCAAAGAGAAGUUCACUAGUAACUUAAACUUGGUGGAUUUGGCUGGUUCAGAAAGUGGUAAAACCACACAGAGAAUGGAUGAGACAAAACACAUAAACAGGUCAUUGUCAGAACUGUCCAAAGUUAUAUUGUCUUUGCAGACAAAUCAAUCCCAUAUCCCUUACAGAAAUUCAAAGCUAACACAUCUUUUGAUGCCCAGCUUAGGAGGUAAUUCAAAAACACUUAUGUUGGUCAAUAUCAACCAAUUUGAUGAAUGUUUCGGUGAAACUCUUAACUCCUUAAGGUUUGCAACAAAAGUGAAUAGCUGUAGAACUAUUAAAGCUAAGAAAAAUUUAACUAUGGUUGAUACAUUAUAAAUUAAAUUUUGUAUAUGGUUUCUCAUGGGUUCUUUUUUUGGGUGGUGAUAGUGCUAUUGUUCUAAUUUUAUGAUAUAAAACUAUAAAUAUUCAUCUAUAAACCUGAAAUAUGUAUUUUGUAAAAGCUAGUUUUAAAUUAUUAUAUAUUUCAGGCCUGUAUCACAUUUGGAUAUUUUAUAAUUUUGAAUUAUGAAAUUUGAACAAUUAGUGCAGAUAGCAUAUCUCAGUCAAAAAGGAUCUGUGAUAUUCCAUUUUAAUAGUAAUUACUUGUUCAUAUGAACUGGAGUAAAGUUAGUUUGAUGUGGUUUUCUUGUUUUAAAUGUUACAUUGAGUAAGACAAAUGUGACUGUUCCGAAUUGUUUAUGACAAUGUAUAAAUAAAAAUUUAUAAACAGUUAAUACAUUACAUAGUAGUUAAUGUUAAAUAUAAGCAAUUUGAGCGGAACUUGAUCACAUGUACAGUAAGAUGCAACUGAUGUAUAUACGGUUGCACGUCAUGUUACCACUAUUUGUCAAAUUGCUACAGUUCAUUUUAAACUCUACUCAC